UUAUUGUAUCUUUAUGUAUUUUUAAUUUAAUCAUUUUAUGUGAAUUUUCUUAUAAUUGAUUCUCUUGGUUUAUCUAAGUUUGAUAAAUUUGUUUACCUGGAAUUAAUGUUGUUUUCUUUUUUAGUCUUUUGUAUUACUAUGGUUAUAGGAUUUUAAUAUUGAAUUCUUCUUGUAUUCAUGGUAUAAAUUCCACUUCCUUGGUGCAUUAUUUAUUUAAUAUGCUCCCCUAUUCAUUUAGGAUGUUUAUAUUUAUAUUUGUAAGCACAUUUUAUCUAUAGUUUUCUUUUAUGCUGUUGUCAGGAUUUUUAUAUCAGUGUUACUACCAUCGUAACAAGAAUUCGGCAGUUUCUGAAGAGGAAAUUUAAAUGUAACAAAUUAAUAUUGAAAGUGCUUUUAUAUAGAGACCUGGACUAAAGGAUAUAUGCACACUUUUAAUUGAAUUUCCCUAAUGUCCUUUGGUUAAUUACUUGCUGUAAUUAUGUAAUUAUGUAAACAUUUAUGUUUAAAUUAUUACUUAGUGGUUGAAAACUUGAUUGGAGAAUUGCUGUUGCAUGCUGAUAUAAAGUCAACACUAGUUUGAUACUGGACAUGUUUAGUAGGAAAGAUUCAUUAUUAUAAUAGAAAUACACAAAAAGAACUUACAGAGUGAAGUCUUGGUUUUAUAAUGUAGUUAAAUCCAAGGUGCAUUCUUUUGAUUUUUAAAAAAUUUCAUUUGCUAUUCAGAGACGCACAUUUGGUAAGCUUUGACAAGCAAAUUGUUACCUCAGAGAUAAGAUGGUUAUAAAAUGAAUGUUGCCAUCAUUGAAGCAGAAAAUGUAUUGUAAUACAGUAUUUUCACUGAUUUAAGACUAUAUAACCGGGUAAGAACACCUUUGAUCAUGCCUUUUUGGUAUGGUGGGUUUUAUUUAACAAAGAGAUAUAAAUAACUAGUUAUGAAAAUUAAAGUGUUGUACAUUCAUAUUUCAUAGUUCCUUAAUCGCAACAGAUUGAAAUUCCAUGUUUGGAAGGUAUACAAAAUACAUUAUAAAAAUAAAGCCCAUUUUACCUUUAAAUUGUAAUGGACACAAGCCUUUUCCCCCCUUUCUGUAGCAUGGAGAGACAUUUAUAGAGGCAUCCAGCUAAUUUAGUAGUGACAACCCUUAUUAGACGGUAUGUUCCGAUGGGCAGGGCCUGUCCUCUAACACGUCGUCUUGGAAACUUAAUGAAGAAUUCUUGAAAGAAUUGAUUUCUUUGUUCAAGUCUUGAUUCAUUUAAGUAGAUUUCUUACACUUUUUCUUAUAAGAAAUAUAUUUAUGUCUGGGAACUUUUUAAAAGGUCAUUGACCAGGGUGUCUGGUUGGCUUGGUCGGUUAAGUGUCUGACUCUUGAUUUUUGUCUCAGGUCAUGAUCUUACAGUUUGUGGGUUCAAGCCCUGCAUUGGGCUCUCGGCUGACAGUGCAGAGCCUGCUUGGGAUUCUCUCUCUGCCCCUCCCCCACUUGUGUGCACGUGCUUGUGCUUGCGUGCACGCGUUCCCUCGCACUGUCUCCCAAACUCUUUUUAAAGUCAUUGACCCUAGGUAUUUCUGCUUUCUUUCUUAUAUUUCAGUCAUUAAUGCAAUGUAGUUUGAUCUCUUUUAACCAUCUUUUCCUUGAAACUUCUCUGAUCACCAGUGGCUUAGUGGUCAAAUUCAAAGUACCCUAUUUUGCUCUUUACCUUAUUACUAUGUUUUUGUGGCAUUUGACACUAUUGAUCACCUUGUCCUUGGUUCUGUUAUUCUUCAGCUUCUUUGACACCUCUCUUCUUACUUCUAUUCACCUCCAGUUCUUGGUUUGGAUCUCUCUUCUUUACUCCUUAAAUGUUGCUUUUCCUAGGAUUCGGUCCUUUCUUCUCCCUAUAUCCUCUCUAAGACAUCUCUUCUAUUCCUAUAGCCUUAACUAACAUUUGUGUAUCAAUCUAGACUUCUGAACUUAAAAUCUGUGUUAUCUACUGGACGUGUGUUUAUCCAGAUACCUAAAAUAGCUAAGGAAGUAGUCCAGUUUAAAUCUCAUUCAGACGGAUUAGUUCUGAAGUAUAAAAGAGCCUUUGGUAUUAGUUUUGUGUGAUAGACAUUCUUAUUUGACUAAAGUUCUCAUUUGGAAUGAAUGGCCUCAUUUAGGUAUGGAGAAAUUAGGUAAAAUAACAGGUUUAUCUCAUAGUGGUUAAGAGCGUGGGCUCCGAAGUUAAUUUAAAUAAAAUAUAUUAUUUCGUUGAUACAAAUUUGAUUCCUGGUAACAAUUAAUUAAAGCUAUAGUACUGUUAAACAUAGACUUAAUCCAGGAAAUGAUAGAAUAGGUUAACAGUUCUUUACUCUUUAACACCUUAUCAAUGAAACCCCUCCCUACCUUCUUUUUUUAAUUUUUUUUUUUCCUGGACUAGCAAGAAUAUUUUUUUGUCUAACACAUUUAAAAUUUUUACUUUUAACAGAAAUUAGCAGAGUACGGAAAGACAUGUACAAUGACACAUUAAAUGGCAGUACAGAGAAAAGGAGUGCAGAAUUGCCUGACGCUGUGGGACCUAUUGUUCAGUUACAAGAGAAACUUUAUGUGCCUGUAAAAGAAUAUCCAGAUUUUAAUUUUGUUGGAAGAAUCCUUGGACCUAGAGGACUUACUGCUAAACAACUUGAAGCAGAAACAGGAUGUAAAAUAAUGGUCCGAGGCAAAGGCUCAAUGAGGGAUAAAAAGAAGGAGGAGCAGAAUAGAGGCAAGCCUAAUUGGGAGCAUCUCAAUGAAGACUUACAUGUCUUGAUCACUGUGGAAGAUGCUCAGAACAGAGCAGAGAUCAAACUGAAGAGAGCCGUUGAAGAAGUGAAGAAAUUACUGGUACCUGCAGCCGAGGGGGAAGACAGCCUGAAGAAGAUGCAACUGAUGGAGCUUGCAAUUCUGAACGGCACCUACCGGGACGCCAACGUCAAAUCACCCCUUGCCUUUUCUCUUGCAGCGACAGCCCAGGCUGCUCCGAGGAUUAUCACUGGGCCUGCGCCUGUUCUCCCACCAGCUGCCCUGCGUACUCCUACGCCAGCUGGCCCUACCAUAAUGCCUUUGAUCAGACAAAUACAGACCGCUGUCAUGCCAAACGGAACUCCUCACCCAACUGCUGCAAUAGUUCCUCCGGGGCCCGAGGCUGGUUUAAUCUACACACCCUACGAGUACCCCUACACGCUGGCGCCAGCUACAUCAAUCCUUGAGUAUCCUAUUGAACCUAGUGGUGUAUUAGGUGCGGUGGCUACUAAAGUUCGAAGGCACGAUAUGCGAGUCCAUCCUUACCAAAGGAUUGUGACCGCAGACCGAGCCGCCACCGGCAACUAACCUAUGACCUUCUGACCUCUGAACUCUUCACCCAAUGAUGACCUGACCAUGCCUGCCUGCUGAUCAGUUAACUGGUAAUCGCCUUUGCUUGCCUGUCGUCAGUGCAGCGAGCUGAGGCACUUGUCCGUUCGUCUUACCAUCUAACCAAACAAAAGACAAAGAAAUUGUUGUCCUCCGACUCAGCUUUUGGUUUUUCUUUCUGUUUGGGUGAAAGUGGUUCUAGAACCUGCACUGAAUAGUAGUAAAGCAAUAAGGCCCAAUUCAUCCCACAGCACUGAUCAUCUUUUCACGUCCUACCCUAAGCGAACGGUAAGAAGGCCUCACUUCAGAAGGGGAGACAGAUGGCCCUUAACUACUCAGUGACAGAGGCAGUUACUGUGAGAGACUUGUAGGAACCUUCUUCUCAUAGCGAGCACAGCUCUCUGAAUGUACCGUGUGAUGAUGCAUCAUGCAUGGACCUUUGGUCAGGGACGCCAUUGGUGAAGUGACUUCAAAAAGUAUUCAAAAUUUGAUACGCUGUUUAGUCACUACAGUGCCCUCAAAGGGCAGAAGUUGCAGCCUUUUUUAUAUUGCCUGCCAAAAUUGGAAGUAUUAGCAGUGUGCCAUGAGAGAUCAGCCUGACAAGGAAUUUUGAGAAGUAAUGCAAAGAACAAAAACUGCAACACUAUUUUUAAAAAGAUAAAUAUCUGAGUUAAAAUUACUGAACCUUUAUUUUACAACCUCCUUUAAAAAAUAUACGAGAACAAGGUACAUGCAUUAUGUGUCACAUUACUGGGCAAACUGUUCAAAUAUUUUUUUUAAACCUCCCUGUAUAGAAAAAAACAAAAAUCAUUAAGGAUGUAAAAGCCAUGCUUGCCUAUUUGCUGUAUACAUGUAAUGAAAUUGUAGAUAAAAGUGUAGUGCAUUGAAACAAAUGAACAAAAAGUAGAUACUUUUACUAUACAAGGGUGCUGGUGCAGAAAAAAAUAUAUAUAUUUUUGGAAAUGUAGCAUUUUAUACUUUCAAGUGUUAUAAAAAAAAAAAAAGAAAAAGAACAAAGAAACCCUUUAUUUCAUUAAAUGAUUUUUUCUGGUGGUUGUCAAGAAACAAAAGACCAAAAGAGCCUUUUUGUCUUUCUUUUUUAUUUUUUAAGUAUUGGAAUAAGUCUAAAGAAAAGAAAGUGCCUUAUUUUCCUUCAUGGUCAUUUAGUCAAGUGUCUUGUAAGAUCAGCUCCUCCCUCAGAAUACAAGUUAAUGCAUGUUUACUCAGUCGCCCGCCCAGUAUGUGAAAGAAGAUUUGAGGGGAGACCAAUGAGUUGAUGGUUUGAAUUAUAUGAUUUUUGCCACGUACCUUGAUACAAAUUUGCCAAAUCUGAUACUGUGAAAAAUUUGAUAACUUUUCUAAUGCCUGACGAGUAAGUUUUCAAACAUCAUUCUUUUAAAAUCAUUACUGAGUGCUCUUGGUUACUGUGAUAUUUAAAGUUAGCCCAACAGGUUCUAAGAUGAAACUUAUCUGUGAUUGGAACAUCAAUUUGCAGACAAAAUUAGAACUUUAUUUUAUUCAGAGAAGGAGGGGUGUGCUGAAUUUUUUCUUACUAAAUUGGAGAUAAAUAGUAUUCUUAGACUUUUUCACAAAAAAUGAAUCUUUGUGAUUUUCCUUCAGGAUAACAGUAUUUUUUAAUGGCCCAAAUUUAACCAGACUUCUUUCUACCCUACCCGAUUACUUGGGUGGUCCGUUUCUUUGGUGGCUUUUAGUGACCCAAGCGGCCCCUCCCACCCCCCCCCCGCCCCCCCCCCCCACACACACCUGUUUGUUUGUUUUGACUUUAAAACAACUGGCAUCACUGUGCAUGUAAAUGCUCAACCACAUGUGACUUUAAGCUUCCAGUUUCUCACGAAUUUCAGUUUCGUAGUUGAAACGGUUUGUGCGCAGAGCCCGACCGACCACGUCCGAACACUUGAGUAAAUCGUCCAUAACUGCUCAGUAUCAGAUGUGGCAGAUUUCAAGUGGCAGUGGAUCCCCAGCUCAUCGGCUCACUCCCUCCCGCAUCCCUUCACAGCUUCACAGUCAAAGGUCAGCAGUGAGCUCAGUAAGCACCUUCGUGGUGACCUCCAUCAUCUUGUCUCACUUGGAAACCGUUUUCAGUUCAUUUACUAUGCAAUAGACAUUCAUUGUUUUGUAUUCAGCUAGCGUUGGUUUCUUGUGCCACUGCUUUGUCUUUCUGUUACACAUACAGUCGUUUUGAUUUAUUCACGAUAUAUGCUGUGCCAUUUUGAUUUCUAUCUUGGUUGGUUGGUUGAAUAAAUUUGCGACACUCGAACACUUGAGGUGACAGUAGUUUAAAACCAGUACCAGUAUUUGACCCAGUCUCAUCUCAACUGUGUUACACCUGGACAUUUUAGAUGUUUAUCAAAGGUCUUUUAUGGGGAAGAAAGUAAAUGUAUGGGAUAAAUGUGUGACGUUUAUAAGUAAUGUUGGCUCUGAACAAACUUUUGGAAACUUAGUUGAUAAAAUUUUGGAUCAACUGAAAAAAAAGCAUGACUUUUGAAAUCUCUGAAUGCCUUGGUUCUCAGUAUUAUCAUUCUUUAUUGAAUUUAUUUCUUAUUAAAAUAUGUAGUUUUUAAGACUUCUUUUCUGACAGUAUUAUGUAAUUUUUUAGCGUGGGUAGAUGGGAGUGUCGCUUGUAUGUUACCGUACAGCCGACAUGUAUUUUUGUCAAUUCUUUAUUAUCUUAGUAGUUUCAUGCUGUGUAUGUAUCAUAACCAACCUAUUGCCUAUGAGAAACAUGUAAGAUAAUGUAUUUACAGCCAUUGUUACAAGUUUAUAAUGUAUUUUUCUAUCUUGUUUUAUAUGUAUGUUAUAUAACAUUCAAAAAGAAUUUUUUUCUUGAUUGAGAAAAGGAUACAAAAUGCAGAAUCCACAAUUUUGAUAACUGAAAAUUGCCACUUGUUUUGCAGUACUUUAUUAUAUUGGGUGUCUUGUCUUUCUUGGGCUUUUAGUUUAGCUAAUGAAUGAAUACAUUAGACACUUUUGGGUUUUAGUUGGGAUUUUACAUAGCUUGCAUUUUAAUUCUUUGGUUCUUUGCUGUUUCUAUUAACCCAUAGCAUUAUUUUAAUAAAUGUUAUAAUACCAACCUACUAACUCUGGACUAUGUCUGUUUAUUAACCUUUACGUGUUUAAUAAUUAAAAUAAACAAAUAAAGACAAAAGAAUGUAAAGUCUUGAGUUACUGGACUAACCCUGAAGAACGUGACCACAGAUAACCUAGCGUGACUUGUUUUUAUGUUGUUUGUCAGCCUACAAUUACGCACACUACUGUUAAAAUCGGCUUCGGUUAUUCUGGCCUUUUACCAUGGGGGUAGGUGCCAGUAGAGACGGGAACAAAGUAGCGUUGGUUUGAGGCAGUCUUCUAGUCUUGCCACUUGCCUUUCAGCCUCUUGCAUUACUAAUUCCACACUUUCUUAUUUUUCCUUCUCCAAAAUAAUCCCUGUCUGCUCACAGCAUAAAGAGUAAAGAGACUCAUUGUGAUGAUAUACCCCGAACAACCAGUUUGAUUCUUUGUUGAACCAUUUCUUUCAAUUUCUAUAAGUAGGUGAUUUUUUUGCUUCACAUUAUAAAGCAAAGGAUCUGAUGAGGUUUUGCCUUUCUUCACAUUUGUGUUUUAACUGGACAUUUUUCUUUUAGAAAGUGUUGAACUGUGUUAGCCACUGUUCCCAUUGGGGCAGGGAGGGGUGCUCAACCAGGUAAAAGCCAAAGGUAGAGGAGGUCCGUUCCUUAGGACAGUUUAAAGUGAGCCAUUGGUAAUGACCACGCACCCUGCCUCUCUCCCCUCAUCACCCGUGGUGAGACAGGAGACCGAACGAACCAUUGAGCUCUCCUUGGGCGUGUUCUCUCUCUCUCUCUCUCUCUCUCUCUCUCUCUCUGUCUCCCUCCCUCCCUCCCUCCCUCCCUCUUCCAGAAUACAGCCAGAAUACUCUAUGAAUACAACAAGUUUAGGGAGAAUGACAUCGGCUUAUGAGAAAUCUAAAGAUCAUUUCUUGCAUGCAAGUCGAUUUAAGAUUCAUUAAAUAUCUUCAUGCUUUUCUUGGCUGCAACUUAGGUAAAUUGACCUCCGCUUACAAAUUCUUUAGUUUUAACUCUUGAGGUACAUUUUUAUUUCACAGAUACUGGUUAUUUCCUCUUCUGUGAAACUGUUCUCCUGGAUAAUAAAUUCUCAGGAUGAAUUUUUAUGUUUGUAAAUAAUGGCUUAUUUUUGUAAAUUACAUCUUAUUUAUUUUAAAGUUCUAAAACGUGGGGCUGAAACGAGUUACAUGUUACAAAAGACCUAACUAUACCAAUAUGCUAUUAACCAAUCAGACUGUCAAAGUAUUCCCAUAUUUAUAUAUUCCCAUAGUAUAUAUACAUAAAUUACACAGAUUAGCUGAUUUAGUCAUCCUAGAGGUAGUCCUUUGGAGCAAACAAAUACAGCUCUUUCUCUGAUUUGGCGUGCCGGGGGGGGGGGGGGGGGGGCAGGGUGUAUAUUAUUAUUAGGUAGACAGAGCUUUAAUAGGCUACCAUCUGUAAAAGUUCUUGCCAUACAGUUCACACGUUAUUUUGUAAAAAUUGGAAGAUGUCUGUCAAGCUGCUAAUCUAGAAGUCAUCAUGGUACCACGUCAUUCAAAUUGAUGAAUUUCUCUGCAACUCACUGUCGUUGUCUGAAGCCUAUGAAUGCAGUCUCAUCUCAUUUUCCGUUAAUGGUACUUCAUGUGUACGUAUGUUGUACGGUCACCUUUUAAGUUGGAAAAGUUGUAAAAAACUAUAAAAGGUGAACACAGUAGAAAUCCCAUUUUUUUAUACAAGCUGCAGUAGCAUUAAAAACGAAACUGCCCAAUUCUUGGAACAAUAAAACACUAGAGUCCUUUAUACUAUCAUGUGGCAAAACAACUGAAAGUUAAGCUUUCAGUUGAGAAGUUGGCACAAUUAAUGCACUUAGUAGGUAAGCAUGUUUUUCUUAGGCAAAAUGUCGGGAAGAACGUGGCGCGAGAGGAGAUGCGUACACCCACCCUACCUAGUGCAGUAGCUCUGUCAGAGUAGAGCCCUCCCGGAAGAGCCGUUGAAUCACACUGUCCACAAAGGCAAGAUGUGUAUAUUUAUAUGCCAAACAGGUAGUUAAGGUUUUCUAAACAUACACACGUGCAUACGUACAUACGGACGCUGUACGUUUUCUGGUGCACCGAAAGCAGGCCGUAGGUUUAAAUGAAAUUGCUCACAACCAAAUCAAGAAUCUUUUCUUUCCCAGUGAAGUCUAAUCCUUGCGUAUCACCUACGACAGUUCAGGGUUUCUCCAGGUGUUUUGGCUUUUGUUUGCUUGUUUGGGAUAAAAUGUCUGUCUCUACUCCUUGGUGACAAUGAGCUAUUACAGCAUUUGUAGCAAGUGAGUUUUAGUAGAAUGAAAUGUAUUGCUCAGUUAGAAUCUUUUAUUAAAUAGCAAAAAUUACUCUCAAAACUCCGACUCACAGGCUUUCUAAGAAGUACCUAAGGUCAUUUUUUUAACAUUGUCACAAAUCCCUGAACACCUUUAUUUAAAACAGAAAAAUUGUCUCAUUUUAUAGGCAGAUACUUUUAGAAAUAUUCCUGUGGCACACACAUGUGAUUUCCUGUGUGGUUUCUUUCAUAAAAAAUUGAAGUGGCUUUGUUAACAAAGAGACUUAAAAUCAUAUGCAUACCUGGUCCUCAAUGCUGAAUCAAACUGGUUCACCUAAGCAUAGUAUUCUCCUUUCUGUAUUUCUGCUGCACUAAUUGCCAGGGGCGGGAGAGAAGGAAGAAUUAACUCCUAUUAGAGGUGGGUGGGUGGCAGGUGCAGCAACUAGGAACACAACGUUGAUUUCGCAUCGCUUAUGAUUUUGCUGUCCCUUCUUGGCAAAGGACAUCACCUCGUAGGGAAAUCUCAGCUCCCAGAGUAAAACAACAACAACAACAAAAACUUACAUAUAUUUUUAAACUGCUAUUACUGAGAAGUUUUGAUUACCAAAUGCAUCUUGUAUGGUUUAUACUGUAGUGGUGUGUGUAAGACAUUUAGAAGUUUGUUUGUGGAAGUUGUCUACAGAGAGAGAGUUUGAAUAGGCUUCUCGAAUCCCAUGUGAAUGGAGAACCACGUAUGACUGUACGCGAAGUGCAAUAAACCGACUGGAAAAAGUGCGUGUGCUUCAUCCUCAAACCAACCGCAGCUGAAAACGCUGUCCACGCCCCUUCCAACACGUAAACAUCACGACAGAGAAGGCACAUUUUCAUUUGUAAUUGUUGUCGCUUUUACCACUAUUUGAAAAAAAAAAGAAA